AAGCCCUUCGGCCCAUGUGCGGGGCAGUUGGUCAGUGGCCAGCAGCCACGGGUGACCCGACUAAGGACCCUGAGGAUGUGAGGAAGUAGGAAGUCCAGCCUGGGUCCCUGAGAGCAGCAAGAAGGAGAUGCGACUGCUGUUGGCCCUGCUGGGUCUCCUGUUGGAGGCAACCAGGGCUCCAGCCUUGUCCCUUGAGGCCUCUGAGGAAAUGGAGCUGGAGCCCUGUCUGGCCCCCAGCCUGAAGCAGCAAGAGCAGGAGCUGACUGUGGCCGUUGGGCAGCCUGUGCGGCUGUGCUGUGGGCAGGUUGAGCGUGGUGGCCACUGGUAUAAGGAGGGCAGCCGCCUGGCACCUGCUGGCCGGGUGCGGGGCUGGAGGGGCCGCUUGGAGAUUGCCAGCUUUCUACCGGAGGAUGCUGGCCCCUACCUCUGCCUGGCACGAGGCUCCAUGAUUGUCCUGCACAAUCUCACCUUGAUUGUGGAUGACUCCUUGACCUCCAGCAAUGAUGAUGAAGACUCUAAGUCACAUAGGGGCUCCUCAAGUGGGCAUGUUUAUCCCCAGCAAGCACCCUACUGGACUCACCCCCAGCGUAUGGAGAAGAAACUGCAUGCAGUACCCGCUGGGAACACCGUCAAGUUCCGCUGUCCAGCUGCAGGCAACCCCACACCCACCAUCCGCUGGCUCAAGGAUGGACAGGACUUCCAUGGGGAGAAUCGCAUAGGAGGCAUUCGGCUGCGCCACCAACACUGGAGCCUGGUGAUGGAAAGUGUUGUGCCCUCGGACCGUGGCACGUACACCUGCCUCGUGGAGAACUCUAUGGGCAGCAUCCGCUAUAGCUAUCUGCUGGAUGUGCUGGAGCGGUCCCCGCACCGGCCCAUCCUGCAGGCGGGGCUCCCAGCCAACACCACAGCUGUGGCAGGCAGCGAUGUGGAAUUGCUGUGCAAGGUGUACAGCGAUGCCCAGCCCCACAUCCAGUGGCUGAAGCACAUCGUCAUCAAUGGCAGCAACUUUGGUGCUGACGGCUUCCCCUAUGUGCAAGUCUUGAAGACUGCAGACAUCAAUAGCUCAGAGGUGGAAGUCCUGUACCUGCGGAAUGUGUCAGCCGAGGAUGCAGGCGAGUACACCUGCCUGGCGGGCAACUCCAUUGGCCUCUCCUACCAGUCAGCCUGGCUCACAGUGCUGCCAGAGGAGGACCUCACAUGGACAGCAGCAGCACCUGACGCCAGGUAUACAGACAUCAUCCUGUAUGUGACAGGCUCCCUGGCUUUAGCUGUUCUCCUGCUGCUGGCCGGGCUAUAUCGAGGGCAGGCGCUCCACAGCCGGCACCCCCGCCAGCCCGCCACUGUGCAGAAGCUGUCCCGCUUCCCUCUGUCCCGACAGUUCUCCCUGGAGUCGGGCUCCUCAGGCAAGUCAAGUUCAUCCCUGGUGAGAGGCGUCCGGCUCUCCUCCAGCGGCCCCACCCUGCUCUCUGGCCUCGUGAGUCUAGACCUGCCUCUCGACCCGCUGUGGGAGUUCCCCCGGGACAGGCUGGUGCUUGGGAAGCCCCUGGGUGAGGGCUGCUUCGGGCAGGUGGUGUGUGCAGAGGCCUUCGGCAUGGACCCUGCCCGGCCUGACCAAGCCAGCACCGUGGCGGUCAAGAUGCUCAAGGAUAAUGCCUCUGACAAGGACUUGGCAGACCUGGUCUCUGAGAUGGAAGUGAUGAAGCUGAUCGGCCGACAUAAGAACAUCAUCAACCUGCUGGGUGUCUGCACCCAGGAAGGGCCCCUGUAUGUGAUCGUGGAGUGUGCUGCCAAGGGAAACCUUCGGGAAUUUCUGCGGGCUCGGCGCCCACCCGGCCCUGACCUCAGCCCCGAUGGGCCACGGAGCAGUGAAGGGCCACUCUCCUUCCCAGCCCUGGUCUCCUGCGCCUACCAGGUGGCCCGCGGCAUGCAGUACCUGGAGUCACAGAAGUGCAUCCACCGAGACCUGGCUGCCCGCAAUGUGCUGGUGACUGAGGACAAUGUAAUGAAGAUUGCUGACUUUGGGCUGGCCCGUGGUGUCCACCACAUUGACUACUACAAGAAAACCAGCAACGGCCGCCUGCCUGUCAAGUGGAUGGCACCUGAGGCCUUGUUUGACCGAGUGUACACACACCAGAGUGACGUGUGGUCGUUUGGGAUCCUUUUGUGGGAGAUCUUCACCCUCGGGGGUUCGCCAUAUCCUGGCAUCCCUGUGGAGGAGCUGUUCUCGCUGCUGCGGGAGGGACAUCGGAUGGACCGGCCCCCGCACUGCCCCCCAGAGCUGUAUGGGCUGAUGCGUGAGUGCUGGCACGCCGCACCCUCUCAGAGGCCCACAUUCAAGCAGCUAGUGGAAGCACUGGACAAGGUCCUCCUCGCUGUCUCUGAGGAGUACCUUGACCUCCGUCUGACCUUUGGACCCUACUCCCCCUCCAGUGGAGAUGCCAGCAGCACCUGCUCCUCCAGUGACUCUGUCUUCAGCCAUGACACCCUGCCGUUGGGACCCAGCUCUUUCCCCUUCCCUGGGGUACAGACAUGAGCAUGGGCACAAAGUUGUGUGAGCAGGUAGGCCAGUGGCCUUGGGCUCCUGGCUCAGCCACAACCUGGUCCAGUGCUUGACCUUGACAGCCCUGGGCCUCUGACCUCAGAGUGCUGUCCCAGAUCUCUAGGAUCCACUUUGGGAAGGUCCAUUCUUGGUCCUGGGGUUUCUAGUUAAGCCUUACUGCUCUGGCCUUAGGUUCCCAGCCCAGAAUUCAACCCCAGUCUCAGGCCCUGCCCUUGCCCUUGGAGUUAUGGUACCAGUGUCCUAACUGCCCAAGUGUUGGGGUUCUGCUUGGCCUCCUGGGCUUUGGCGCCUGGUCUCCAUCUAAGGGGUUUGGCUGGGCCUGGCUGCAGAGCUGCUGUCCUAAACCUCCCUGCUUCCCAGCACCAACUGAACCCCAUUUCCCCAAGACCCCACCCCCACUGCUUGUCCCAGCAUUUUGGUGAAAGACACAUUGGCUCUUGUCCCCUUGAGAGGCUGGAAAGUCUACCAAAAACAGAGGAGCAAAUGACCUUUUAUAAAUUAUUAUUUUUUAAAUAAA